AGCGCAGCGCGCCCGGCACCCACGUGGAGCGGGCCGGGCCGGCAUGGGCAAGCGGCGAGCCGGGCGGGAGCUGCUGCGCAGCCUGAGCAAGAAGCAGAAGAAGCACUUGCGGGAGUUCGGCGAGGAGCACCCGUUCUAUGACAGGGUUUCUGGAAGAGCAGAAGCAACUCAAAUAUGUGAACUGUCUGAGGAUUCUGAUAAAUCGAGUGCAGAAAGCGAUUCAGAGACUGAAGUGGAACAGGUCUCUGGGUAUCAUAAGCUCCUGGCUACCCUGAAGACCUCACCUGAGUCUGAGAGUGAGGAAGAGGAAGAUGAAAGUGAAUCAGAAGAAGCUGAGGAAAGUGAGGCAGAAAUGGACGGUGGAGGGUCCCAGGAGACUGGAGAAGCAGAGGGAGGUGAAGAAGAUAAGAAUGAUGUUCCAGAGGAGGAAGAAGCCACAGACACAGCAGAGCAGAUGCUCAGCCAGGAGCAGGCUGAUGGCACAGAUAUCUCUUGUGACCCACGUCAUGGAGUAAUUGAGGAGUUUACUGAUGUGAAACAUGAAUCUGAAUUUAGCUUGGAAACCAAUUUCAUGGAAGAGGAGAGUGGAGAUUGCAAUGCAGAUAGAAGAGACAGCAGUUCUUCACAAGGUCUUUCAGCAGAUCCAUUUAAACAGCACAUGGACAAAGAACUUGAGGAAAAGGAAGUAGAGAAAAUGUCUGCGCUUCCUAAAACUUCAAGUCAAAGCCAGUGGCCAAGGCUGGGUCAACUCAUUUUUUCUUCCACUUUGGAGAAACAUAAAACUUUGAAAGCGGACAAAGAAAUUGAUGUGAAACAGCUUCAUCUCCACAAGCCUUUGGAAUCCACUUGGCCAAAAGUGAAUAAACAAUUUCUGUCUGCAGUGGACAAACCACUUGAUUCCUCUUUUACCCCAUUACAAAGAGAGCUUUUCUGUAUCAUGAAUUCAUACCGGGACUUGUUCUAUCCAGAAAGAAAUGCUUUAACAAAUGGAGAAGAGAUCCGGCACACUUACUGCCUGCAUGCCUUGAACCAUGUCCUCAAGGCCAAUGCCCAGGUGCUCAGCAACAAUGCCAAACGGAGGGAUCGAAAGCCAGGGACUGACACCGAUGACCACAGGGAUCAGGGGCUCACCAGGCCUAAGGUACUGAUGAUAGUGCCCUUCAGGGAGUGUGCUCUGCGGAUUGUGCAUAUUAUCAUCAGUCUCCUUGAAGUGAAUGACAAGAAAAAAAUAGAUGUAAGUAAUAAAAAGCGCUUCAAGGGGGAGUUUGGCUCUGACCCGGAAGAGAAGCCCCCCAACCUGAAAAGACCUGAAGAUUAUGAAGCCGUCUUUGCUGGCAACAUUGAUGACCACUUCAGAAUUGGGGUUGCGAUCCUGCAGAAGAGCAUGAGACUCUAUGCACCCUUCUACUCCUCAGACAUCAUCAUUGCCUCUCCCCUGGGCAUCAGGACUGUCAUUGGUGCAGAGGGGGAGAAGAAGAGAGACUUCGAUUUUCUGUCAUCAAUAGAAAUCCUCAUAAUUGAUCAAGCAGACAUUUACCUGAUGCAGAACUGGGAACACGUUUUGCACCUGAUGAAGCACAUUAACCUGCUGCCUCUGGAUUCCCAUGGGGUGGACUUUUCCCGAGUGCGGAUGCUGAAUCUCAACAACUGGUCCAAGUACUACCGGCAGACGCUGCUGUUCAGUGCUCUCCAGGACCCCCAGAUUAACUCUGUCUUCAACAAACACUGCUUCAAUUACGUUGGGCAGGUGGCUGUCCGCAACGUGCCGCUCACUGGCUCCAUCAGCCACGUGGUGGUCCAGCUUCCUCAUGUUUUUCGGCGAUUAGAAGCCGACAGUGUAUCUUCUGUGAUAGAUGCAAGGUUUCAGUUUUUCAUUGACAAAGUUCUGCCCGAGUACCGCGACGCCAUCAUGUCCCACACGCUCAUUUAUGUCCCAUCCUACUUUGACUACGUGCGCCUUCGUAACUACUUCAAGAAAGAGGACCUGAAUUUCACUCACAUCUGUGAAUACACGAAAAAAGCUGCUGUCUGCAGAGCAAGGCGCUUCUUUCUCAAGGGAGAGAAGCAGUUUUUAUUGUUCACUGAACGUUUCCACUUCUACAAAAGGUAUACAAUAAAAGGCAUUAGGAACCUCAUUUUCUAUGAAUUACCAACAUACUCCCAUUUCUACAGUGAGAUUUGUAACAUGCUGAAGGCCACAGACAAUGGGGUGGAUGCUACUUGGACUUGUACUGCUCUCUACUCCAAGUAUGAUGCUCAGAAAUUGGCUGCAGUGGUUGGCAUAGACCGCACAGCUCAAAUGCUACAGUCCAAGAAGAAUGUGCACCUCUUUGUUACAGGAGAAAAUGAUUAAGUGAUUCUACAGACUGGAUGAUAGGAUGGACCUGCAUUUUAUUCCUAAUGCAGAUUUUUAUAUUGCUUUUUAAAAAAGUAUUAAACUUUUAACUCCCUUUUGUUAAUUAUUCUGUUGAAAAUGUUUGUAUAGUAUUAAAUUUUGUAUUUCAGUACUCUUUCCAACAAGAAAUGAAGGAUGCCAUUCAAAAAAGCACAGCUUAGGAGGUGUUUGCUGUGAAACAAAAUCAAUCCAGAACUCUUUUUCUUGUAUAUUAAAAAAAUCAUGGGUCAGAUUCAUG